AUGGCAUAUGCAAACGGGGAUGCGAUGAUGGCCGGGCUGGAGGACGAGGGUUACAGCGACGACGCCAUCACCUCCGAGGAUUGCUGGACGGUCAUCCAGUCCUUCUUCGAGUCAAAGGGUCUGGUCUCACAGCAACUCGAUUCCUUCGACGAGUUCGCCACCACAACGCUGCAGGAGAUCAUCAGCGAGAACGACUUCAUCUCCGUCGACAAGAACCUGCCGCCGGAAGAUGACGGACACGGCGCACAGAUCGUCAAGCGGCGGUGGCAGAUCGAAUUCGGCAAGGCGAAAAUCUCCCAGGCAGCCAUGACCGAAGGCGAUGGUGUCACGCGGCCGCUGUAUCCGCAAGAAGCGCGCCUGCGCAACAUCACCUACGCCUCGCCACUGUAUCUGGACAUGCGCAGCCGGGUCAUCGUGGCCAAGGAGCGUCCGGCAGGGGCGUGGUAUGAUGAAGACACCGCCAUGUGGACUGCACCCGAUGACUGGGAUGGACAGGAGUACGAGACGUUCUGGGAGAAGGAUGCUGAAGACGCAGCGAACAAUCCGGAGAACGAACAGUUCGUGCCCGUCUUCAUUGGCAAACUCCCAGUCAUGCUCAAGUCCAAGAUCUGCACUCUACGGAAUCGGACCGAGCAGGAGCUAUAUGCUUUCCAGGAGUGCCCCUUCGAUCAAGGCGGCUACUUUGUCAUCAACGGCAGUGAGAAGGUCUUGAUCGCACAGGAACGCAGCGCUGCCAAUAUUGUGCAAGUGUUCCGGAAGAAAGGCUCCAACACGCCAGUCGUGGCGGAAAUCCGUAGUGCCAUCGAGAAAGGCAGCCGCUUGAUCAGCACAAUGCAAGUCAAGCUCUUUGAUCGCGGUGCUGGCACGAACACCAAUCUCGGGCGCACAGUCAAGGCAUCGCUCCCGUACGUCAAGCAGGAUAUCCCGCUUGUGGUCGUCUUCCGUGCCCUCGGUAUAGUGUCUGAUGAAGACAUUCUCAUGCACAUCUGCAAGCGGUCCGACACGCAGAUGCUGGAGAUGCUCAAAUCGUGUAUCGAAGAAGCAGCAGCCAUCCAAGAGCGCGAACAGGCACUGGACUUCAUCGGCCGUCGUGGCAACAUGGCUGGCACGAAAGAUCGCCGUAUCAAGUACGCUCGUGAUAUCAUGCAGAAGGAGUUCUUGCCGCACAUCUCGCAAGAAGAGGGCAGCGAGACGCGGAAAGCCUUCUUUCUGGGCUACAUGGUGAACAGACUGCUGCAAGUCCAGCUCGGCCGAGUGGAAGAAGAUGACCGUGAUCAUUUUGGCAAGAAGCGUCUCGAUCUCGCCGGUCCGCUCAUGGCUCAGGUCUUCCGACUCAAGUUCUCGCAGCUGACGAAGGAUAUGCGCGGCUACCUCCAUCGAAUCGUGGAGACGGGCAGAGACUUCAACAUCACGCUCGCUGUCAAGCCGUUGAUCAUAACACAGGGUCUGAAAUACUGUCUAGCGACCGGCAAUUGGGGUGAUCAGAAGAAGGCAGCAUCGGCGAAAGCUGGUGUCAGUCAAGUGCUGAACCGAUACACAUACGCCUCGACCCUCUCGCAUCUACGGCGGACAAACACACCCAUCGGCAGAGACGGUAAGAUUGCGAAGCCUCGUCAAUUGCACAACACGCAUUGGGGACUGGUAUGCCCGGCCGAAACGCCGGAAGGUCAAGCGUGUGGUUUAGUCAAGAACUUGUCGCUGAUGUGCUACGUCUCUGUCGGUACGCCUGGCACGCCACUCAUCGAGUACUUCAGACAUCGUGGUAUGGAGCUGCUGGAAGAGUACGAUGCGAUCAUGAAUCCGAAUGCGACCAAGGUCUUCCUCAACGGUACUUGGGUGGGCGUACACAGCAACGGCAAGCAGCUGACGGAUGCACUACGUGAUUUGAGACGAAAGGGCACGAUUGGCUUCGAAGUCACGAUCAUUCGUGACGUGCGUGAGCGUGAGAUCAAGGUCUUCACGGAUGCAGGCCGGGUGAUGAGACCGCUGUUUGUGGUCAAUACGGACCGUGCGAGUGGUGAUUUCGGCAAUCUUGCACUCAAGCAGGAGCACGUACAACGUUUGCAGUCAGAUCAGCAAGUCCUUUCGGAAAUGCAGGAUCAAGCAGUCAGUGAAGACGACAAGAGGGAUGCGACAUUCGGCUGGCAUGGCCUGGUGAAGAGUGGUGUGAUCGAGUAUCUCGACGCGGAAGAAGAAGAGACGGCCAUGAUCAUCAUGACCCCCGACGAUCUCGAAGACUUCAAAGCGGCGAAGCAAGGCCAAGGGUGGAUUGAAUCGAAAGAGGAUCCCCACCGCCGCAUCAAAGCCAAACCCAAUACCCAAGUCGCCAUGUGGACGCACUGCGAAAUUCAUCCCGCGAUGAUCCUUGGCAUCUGCGCAUCCAUCAUCCCCUUCCCAGAUCACAACCAGAGUCCCCGUAACACUUAUCAAUGUCUGGCGGCCGACCACGAAGUACUCACCAGUAGUGGCUGGAAACGCAUCUCGUCGGUGCAGGUGAAUGAUGAAGUGAUGAGUCUGGAUCUUUCGUCUGGUCAGCAGCGCUGGAAUGCUGUUGAAGGAGUCACUCGUCUGGCUCAUACAGAAGCCCUUUACCGACUCAAGAGUGGCGAUAUGGACGCCGUCUGCACGCCCGAACAUCGCUGGCACCUCAACACGUCUGAUGAGCCUGAUACGUAUACGGCUUAUACGACCCAGGAGAUGAUGGACACCAAACUGGUUGCUCUGAGGUCUCCGUCGUCUGGUAAGAGCGUCGGUCAAUGGGACCGCAAGGGCGGGACAACUACGCAUGUCAAUCACCAGAUCCCUACUGUAGGAAAGAACGGCAAUGCUAUGUACUUGUGGCCGGACUGUUCCUUCCUUCCAAGCAGCUUUGUCACAGAUGAAGCGUGCAAUCUGGACUGGUGCCGUUUCAUUGGAUUUGUUAUGGGCGAUGGUGGAGUCAGCGAGUCGAUCUCUGAGACCGGUCGAACCAACUACUACGUCAGGCUGUUCCAGAGUGCUAGUAAGGCACCAGCAUUGGCGUAUCUUAAGGACCUGUUGGCUCGUCUGGCUGCGAAGAUACCAACAUUUGUGCUCAAUCCACCUACUAUUGAGGCAAAUGGUAUGCACACUUGGAAUAUCAAUCACCCUGGCAUGUAUCGAUUCUUCUUACCUAUGGUUCGGGGACCUCAGUCUUAUGAUCCUUUGGAUGACACGAUGUGCCGCACUUAUCAGGCACCACACUAUCUAGCAUUAUCCAGAUCAAGCGGCGAGACUAUCUUACCUACGCCUGAAGGCUUAAUACGAGGCAAAUGGUGGUAUCUUAGGCGGUGGUUUUAUUACGGCUGGUUAUUCUUACUGGCCCGUAAUCAAGCUCGAGCGAUCAUUAAGGGAAUUGCCGCUGCAGAUGGCGCGUGGUCAGCGUUGGUGAAGGCACGAUCAACAAGUAGUGGAACUGGUCGUGGCGGAGGUACCAAGCGCAAGCGCUCAAUGGACGACGUCCAAACCAAGGAUCUAGCUAUUCUCGUCAACAGAGGCUACGUAUCGGUCUUCAGCAGCUCGAUUCCACUAACGCACGACUUGUCUGUGCUAGGCCAUCUAGCUGAUACUAGAACUAGCAUCGGCGUCAAUCACCAGAAAGGUGAAUAUAUGCCGACUAUAGGAAGCACGGCUAGAGCUGUAGGAUGGCGAAUCAGCUUCGCCUUUGCUGAAAGCGAACUUACUGUGGCUGCUCCCAAGCCAGAAGUAUAUACUAAUCCUCACCACGACGGAUUUGUGUACUGCUUGACCGUGCCAGAUGACAACUUCCUAGCUAGGCGGACGCUCCACUUCACCAACACCACCGACCAGCAAAUAUCAGGAACAGCAGCGCAGAAACCCUUCUUCACCGGAAACUCCGCAAUGGGCAAGCAAGCCAUGGGCGUCACCUUGACGAAUUUCAAUACCCGAAUGGACACGAUGGCCAAUGUCCUCUACUACCCGCAAAAACCAUUGGCAACGACACGAAGUAUGGAGUUCCUGAAGUUCCGCGAGCUGCCAGCCGGUCAGAACGCGAUUGUGGCCAUCUCAUGUUACUCCGGCUAUAACCAGGAAGACUCCGUCAUUAUGAACCAGAGCUCCAUCGAUCGAGGUCUGUUCAGGAGUCUGUUCUUCAGAGCUUACUUCGACCUGGAGGAGAAAGUUGGCAUGGGCACGUUGCAGCAGUUUGAGAAGCCGACUCGUGCAGAUACUCUCAAGAUGAAGAUGGGCACGUAUGACAAGCUGGACGAUGAUGGGUUAAUCCAGCCUGGCUCGCGAGUUUCGGGUGAGGAUAUUAUCAUCGGGAAGACUGCACCCAUUGCACCCGACGCCGAGGAGUUGGGUCAGAGGACGAAGUUGCAUGUUAAACGUGACGUCUCCACCCCACUCCGCAGCACAGAGAACGGUAUAGUCGAUCAAGUCCUCCUCACAACCAACGCAGACGGUCUCAAAUUCGCCAAGAUCCGUACACGAACGACCAAGGUGCCGCAGAUUGGAGACAAAUUCGCUUCUCGUCACGGGCAAAAGGGCACGAUUGGCAUCACAUAUCGGCAGGAAGACAUGCCAUUCACGUCUGAUGGUUUGACGCCGGAUAUCAUCAUCAACCCGCACGCCAUUCCUUCUCGCAUGACAAUCGCGCAUUUGAUUGAGUGUUUACUCAGCAAAGUCGGUGCGCUGACGGGUCAGGAGGGUGAUGCGACACCCUUCACAGACGUCACUAUAACCUCCAUCUCCGCGCUCCUCGAGGCUCACGGAUUCCAGAAGCGCGGAUUCGAGGUCAUGUAUAACGGCCAUACCGGGAAGAAACUGGCCGCGCAGGUGUUUUUAGGUCCGACCUACUACCAACGUCUCCGCCACAUGGUCGAUGACAAGAUCCACGCCCGCGCCCGCGGACCACUGCAAAUCCUCACGCGCCAGCCAGUCGAGGGGCGUGCCCGAGACGGUGGUCUCCGGUUCGGAGAGAUGGAGCGCGAUUGCAUGAUCGCCCACGGCGCGUCCUCCUUCCUCAAGGAACGACUACUCGACGUUAGCGACGCCUUCCGAGUCCACGUCUGCGAGAUCUGUGGCCUCAUGACACCUGUUGCUAAGUUGAAGGAAGGGACGGUCGAGUGUCGUCCAUGUAGGAACAAGACGAGGAUAGCGCAGGUGAUCAUUCCGUAUGCGGCGAAGCUUUUGUUCCAGGAGUUGGCGGCUAUGAAUGUCGCUACGAGGAUGUUUAUGGAUAGGAGUGGGGUUAGUAUCCGGUAA